GCAGCUUGGGAGCGGAUCAGGAUAUCCUCCGUCCUUCCCCUCUCUCAACGAGAGUCUCGCCGACCGUUGACGCUAGAGUCAAGAAUUCACAUCAGCAAGAGUCGGAGUAGACGAAACGAGAAUAGCAGUCAUCAGGACAAGGUUCUCCUAGUCGUCAACCUAUUCACAAGGAACAUAUCUUCACCUUCACGUGUCCCUGAGAAUCAAAGCUGGGACCAGAUCGACAACCCAUACAGAAAACAACUUCAAAAUCAAACUCGACACUUUCACUGCCGACCAUGUCACACUCGGCCCUCUCCCCGACUUCUCUCGAGUUCAUGUCGAUACUCGAGAAACAACUCGCCGCUCAGGAGAACCAGGCCGACAAUAACAGCAACAACCAAUCGCCGUUCAGCUCGGGCUAUUACCCGUUCCUCAGCCCUGGUUCGAACUUUAACAACGGCAACGGGAAUGGCAACACCAACUUCAACAACAACAACAACAACAACUUCAAUCAGAACCAGAGCGCCAACGUCAACCCGCAGGAUAUCCCCUUGACCCCGGAGAUCCUGAACGCCUUCCUUCAGGGACUAAACUCGGCUGGGUUUUCCAAGCAGGAGAUCUUGGAUUUUUCGGCCAACCAGAUCGGGCAACUUCAAGACCCUCAAGUCCAACCGCAGCAGCAACAGAGGGGGUUCGUCAAUCCGGCAUUGACGGGAGGAAAGGGGAAUUUUGGGGCGUACAACGCUUUCGCCAACGGGUCGACCGGCUUCCUUCCUAGUCCGACCCAUAGCAACGGUAGCAGCAGCGGUAAUGGCUCCAACAACAAGGCCAACACUGACAUCAACAAUAGCAACUACAACAACAACAACUUGAUGGCGAUGAUGAUGAUGAUGAACCAGAGCAUCCCAGCCUCGACCAUACAGACCAACAACCCGCCCAAUGGAUCUUACCCACAACCGGGGGUUCACACGCCUGAAGCUUCGGCUAGCGGGAAAGAUUCGGCGCCGGGGUCGAAUACCUCUAGCCCGGAAGCUGGGUUGGGGAACAGUCCGGGCUCGGGUGGAUCACAGGGCGGGUCGUCGUCGAUGAGACAGCCUUCGAGUUCGUCAGCCGGCGGGGAGGGGAACCCGAUUUCGUCCAGGUCGAGGAGGGCCAGUGGAGAUAAGAAUGACCACAAGCGCAAGGCCGAGGAGGAGGAGUUGGGUGGGCAUCAGAAUCUGAGGAGACACAUGGGAGAAGAAGACUCAUCGGCAGAGGACCAUUCCGACAAUCCACCAGCUGGCAAUUCGAAACGCGGGGUGAAAAAGGAGACCGCGUCUUCUCGCCGAAAAUCCACGGCCAAUGGCCAGGCCAGAGAAGAGCCUACGGAUGCACAGGCCAAGGCGCUCAAGAGAAAGAAUCAGAACAGGGCGGCGCAAAAGGCUUUCCGAGAGAGAAGGGAACAGAGGGUCAAGGACCUCGAGGACCGUGUAGCCGAACUCGAAGCCAACAACGCGGGACAGACGUUUGAGAAUGACAACCUUAGGCAGCUGUUGUCCAAGUUGCAGAAGGAAAACAUGGCGCUCAAGGAGCACAAGUUUACCUUCAACAUGCCAGUUCCUGGUACUCAGACGAGUGAGCAUGCCGUUGGAGGGCCCAGUCGGUCGACGAGCGCGAGUGGGACGCCCGGGAUGCCGAUCGACAAGUUGCCUAGUCCGCCCAUCAGCUUGAUCGGCGCGAACGACAAGACGAGGGAUCCUACUCCGGGUUCGGUACGGAGCAAUACGGGGACGUCGACUUCCAAUUAUGAUUCUCCUCGGUCGGCGUUCAGCGGAUCAGACGCAAUCAGUCCAGCGUCGAGGCCGGGUACUUCGGGGGAUCAGAACGUAUUCUUUAACCCAGAGCCUUACAACGCGUUUGCCAAUAACGCUGGCAAUGGUGACGGCGGGAUCAACGCGUAUGCUCCGUUCGCCAGCGCUGCAGAGCAGGCGGGCGCCAUGGCCAACGUCGACCUGCAAGCCUUGUUGAACGCCUUCAAGGUGCAGUACGGUCAACCUCAGACGCCUGGUGUACCAGCCCAACCCUCCCCUGCCGCACCUCAAUUCAACGCGUAUCGUGAUGUCCCCGGCGUCGAUGGAACGGGCGAAUUGCUCGGUAACGAAUUCGAUCUGGCCGGCAACGUCUCGAUCGACGAUUUGUUUGGGGACGACGAGGCGAUGAAAGAGUUCUGGAAGAGCUUGAACCAGACCGAGUCGUAUGAUCCCGUCGGACUCGCCGAGGUGCCGCUUCCUAAUCAGAAGCAGUUUGGCGGCUCGCACGGCUCCGUCAGCCCGAUCGACGCUGCAACCGACGCUGGCCCGUGGUCGCAGACCUUGAUGGGUGCACGACCUGGACAACCCGGUCUCGGUGCGCUUCGGUCGGACAGCAACGGGUCCGCCAACGGACGAGGUGGCUCCGUCAGUGGAGCGAGCGCCGAUGCCGCAUUCUCGCCGAACAAGUAUUUGACCAUGUCACCCGAGUCGGCUACGGUUGAAAAGAACCCUCUGGAAACCGCCGAGCUGAGCACGUUUGGCUCGAAAACCCAACAUCCGUGUCCCUUCAACACGAUGGAUGUCGGGACCAUGUCGGAAGGCGCCACGGUGGCGCACAAGUUGGCGCUUGACGGAGCGAGGAUGAUGAGCACUCAAGAGGCUUGGGAUUCGGUCUCGAGCAAGAUUGACCUUUCCAACGGCUUUGACCUGGACGACCUGUGUGACAGCUUCAAGAAAAAGGCACAGUGCGACGGUACUGGACCCAUGAUCAGGGAGACUGAGGUCCAGAAGAUAAUCGAUGAUUAUAGCAAGCGAAAACAGCUCCUGCAAUAAAGUAUCGCCAAACAGAUUACGGACCUCAUGACUCUCUUGGCCUCUCCUCCAUUUGUCUCGCUCUGGCGUCGUCUUUACACCCAUUUUUUGUAUGUACUCGAUCGAG